AUGGCUUUCCAAAGUCAUUUGGUCAAGAUUGCGAUUUUCUUGACACUGCUAAUCAAUUUAAAUUCUUCCUUAGAAAGUUUUGGAAAAGCAGGCGAUCCAAACCAGGCAACUAGCAAUUAUGGUAAAACUUUCUAUGUUACAUUUAAUCAUAAUCCUGGCUCACUGGGUUAUCCCAUCCUUACUCUUGCUGCCGAAAGUCGUCAGGCUUCCGUAACUGUACGGUGCUUGGAUGUUAGUUGUAUGUUUCAAGUAUCAGUAAGUUCAAAAAAUACUACAGAUGUUUCACUACCAUCGUCAAUCCAAACUAAAGGAAUGGGUUUCACGAAUAGAGUAGUUCAAGUAACAUCGACAGAAAAUAUUGCAGUAUGGGGAAAUAAUUAUCGAUCUGGAAGUAUCGAUAGCUUUCUAGUUCUACCACGCCAAUUAUAUGGUAAACGCUAUGUUGUAGCUGGUUAUAGGCCAACAUUGAAUUCUCAACUUUCAAUUGUAGCAAGUGAACAAGAUACACAAAUUAAUAUUACAUUCCCAGCUCCGAUUACCUAUAACGGAACUCAUUAUGAUUCUCAAACACCAUUGAUGAUGAUGUUAAAAGCUAAAAUGGCAUUCAAAUAUUUUCAUCAAUUCGAAGAUUUAACUGGUACUAUGAUUACAUCAUCACAAGAUAUAGCUGUUUAUAGCGGUAAUGAAUGUGCCAAUGUCCCAUUUGGGCAACCAUUCUGUGAUCAUUUAAUUGAACAACUUCCAUCAGUAGACGAUCUUGGUACACGUUAUAUAGUAGCCGGUUUUGGUGGACGCUUAGGUCAUGAUAUUGUACGAAUUACAUCAGCUAUGCCUUAUACUAUGGUAUAUUUAGGUAACGGUACAUCGAAAUCGCUACCAACUCGAGGCAGUCACUUUGAGUUCGAAGUCAAUAGCGGUACAGCUAUGUAUCUUAAUUGCAGCCGUCCAUGCUUAUUAACACAAUAUACUAAAGGACGAUCAGUAGAUAGCACUAAUUCUGAUCCGAUGAUGAUUUAUAUACCAGCUAUUGAUCAAUACUCUAAAGAUUAUCUCUUCCGACCAACAUUAAUGCUUGGUACAGAGAUUGUCCAUUAUAUUACAAUAAUUAUCGAAAAAGAUCAAGUUAGUGGAUUAACAUUAGAUGGAAAUCCAAUCAAUUCAUCGAUAUCAUGGGUACAAGCUAUGGGAACUCAAUAUGUCGCUGCAGCUAUUCAAGUUAGCGGUUUAGAUCAUCAACUUCGUCAUAGUAAUCCAUUAGUGACAUUUGCUUUAUUAAUCUAUGGUCAUGAACGAGUAUCUGCUUAUGGUAUGCUCGGUGGAGUAAGUUAUGGCCAUCAUUGCAAUUUUGCUGGUGUACCAGGUGAUCUAAUUGAUAAUGAUUGCGACGGACGUACUGAUGAAGAAUUAUAUAACGGUAUCGACGACGAUAACGACGGACGAAUUGAUGAGGAUUUGUAUCGACCAUUUCCAACGUUGUAUUUACCUCAAAACUAUACUACCAUUACAUGUCAACCGAUGCAAUUUAAUGCCAGUACUGAGAUUACUGGCAUGGCAUCAGUAGGCAAUAUCGAUCCUCAAUGUAAUAAUGAUACCGAUAUAAUACCCUACUAUGAUGAUACGAUGAUUAUCAGCCCUUGUGGUGUUCAAAUAUUGCGAAAGUGGUCGGUUGCAGAUUCAUGCGGUAAUGUAGUCUCCGGGCAGCAAAGUAUUAUUGCUAGAAUGGCUGGCCAACAAUCCUAUCAAUUCCCCAAUCACACUAGUGGCUCAUGUCCUAUUAAUAGCUCUCUAGCUCUUAAUGGCCAACCCAUAAUUGAAGAUCCAACCGAUUGUCCAGAAAUUCAAAUACCCCAACCUAAUGUUACCUAUCAAAGUAUUUCUGUUUUCCGAUGUGCUUACUAUGUUGAACGUAUUUGGACUAUCACUCCAGAACUAUUAUGUGGUCCACGCGCUCAAUUCAAACAGUUAAUAAGGGGCUACGACAGCAUAGGAUGGGUCCUCUUCUCUAGUACGUCUUGGUUGAUGUCCCGUUUGAGCUGGUAG